AUUGUGCGAAGUGGAGGCUGGGGGCCCGCACGCGCCGCCUGCCCGGCGCCAGCAGCUCCUGGGCUGCAGCCGCCACAGCCGCCGUUCCCUGAGGCGCGGGGAGGCCGGGCGGCCGGCGCCCCGAGGCUCGCCCUGCGUGGGAGGGCGCGGGCGAAGAGCGGCCGAGCCCCCGAGGAGGCGCCGCGGCGCGGGACGCCGGGCCGCACCGGCCCCGGGCCGUCGGCGAGAUGCCGUGUGGGGAGGAUUGGCUCAGCCACCCGCUCGGGAUCGUGCAGGGCUUCUUCGCCCAAAAUGGAGUUAAUCCUGACUGGGAGAAGAAAGUAAUUGAAUAUUUUAAGGAAAAGCUGAAAGAAAAUAAUGCUCCUAAAUGGGUACCGUCACUGAAUGAAGUUCCCCUUCAUUAUUUGAAACCUAACAGUUUUGUGAAGUUUCGCUGCAUGAUUCAGGAUAUGUUUGACCCUGAGUUUUACAUGGGAGUUUAUGAAACGGUUAACCGAAACACAAAGACACGGGUUCUUCAUUUUGGAAAAUAUAGAGAUGUAGCAGAGUGUGGGCCUCAACAAGAAGUUGAUUUAAACUCUCCACGAACUAGUACUUUGGAAAGACAGACUUUCUAUUGUGUUCCAGUGCCUGGGGAAUCCACGUGGGUAAAAGAAGCCUAUGUUAAUGCAAACCAAGCUCGAGUCAGUCCUUCAACAUCCUACACGCCCAGUCGUCACAAGAGGAGUUACGAAGACGAUGAAGAUAUGGACCUACAGCCCAAUAAACAGAAAGACCAACAUGCAGGUGCCAGACAAGCAGGGAACGUUGGUGGUCUUCAGUGGUGUGGAGAGCCGAAGCGUUUAGAAACUGAAGCUUCUGCUGGGCAACAGCUGAACUCCCUGAACCUCUCAUCUCCUUUUGAUUUGAAUUUUCCACUGCCGGGAGAGAAGGGUCCUGCGUGCCUUGUGAAGGUCUAUGAAGACUGGGAUUGUUUCAAAGUAAACGAUGUUCUUGAGUUGUAUGGCAUACUGUCUGUGGAUCCUGUGCUAAGUAUACUGAACAAUGAUGAAAGGGAUGCCUCGUCGCUCCUGGAUCCGAUGGAGUGCACAGACACAGCCGAAGAACAGAGAGUGCACAGUCCUCCUGCUUCGUUAGUGCCCAGAAUUCAUGUGGUGUUAGCCCAGAAGCUGCAGCAUAUCAAUCCGUUACUGCCUGCUUGCCUUAACAAGGAGGAGAGCAAAACCUGUAAGUUUGUUUCAAGUUUCAUGUCCGAAUUGUCUCCAGUCAGAGCAGAACUGCUUGGCUUCCUCACUCAUGCCCUCUUGGGAGACAGUUUGGCUGCUGAAUACCUUAUAUUACAUCUCAUCUCCACAGUAUAUACAAGAAGAGAUGUUCUUCCACUAGGAAAAUUUACAGUUAACUUGAGUGGUUGCCCGCGGAAUAGUACCUUCACAGAACACUUAUAUCGGAUUAUUCAACAUCUCGUUCCAGCAUCUUUUCGUCUGCAGAUGACUCUAGAGAAUAUGAACCAUCUGAAGUUCAUUCCCCACAAAGACUAUACAGCCAAUCGCCUGGUCAGCGGGCUUCUCCAGCUGCCCAGCAACACUUCUCUCGUCAUCGAUGAAACUCUCCUGGAGCAAGGGCAGCUGGACACGCCAGGUGUUCAUAAUGUGACUGCUCUGAGCAACCUAAUAACUUGGCAGAAGGUGGAUUAUGACUUCAGUUACCACCAGAUGGAAUUCCCCUGCAAUAUUAAUGUUUUUAUUACUUCGGAGGGGAGAUCACUCCUGCCGGCAGACUGCCAGAUCCACUUACAGCCACAGCUCAUUCCACCCAACAUGGAGGAGUACAUGAAUAGCCUUCUCUCAACCGUGCUGCCUUCUGUGCUGAAUAAAUUCCGCAUUUAUCUGACCCUCUUGAGGUUCCUGGAUUAUAGCAUAUCUGAUGAAAUAACCAAGGCAGUUGAAGAUGACUUCGUGGAAAUGCGCAAGAACGAUCCUCAGAGCAUCACUGCUGACGAUCUCCACCAGUUGCUCAUUGUGGCUCGGUUUCUGUCUCUCAGUGCUGGUCAGACAACGCUGUCAAGAGAACGGUGGCUAAGAGCAAAGCAGCUCGAGUCUUUAAGAAGAACCAGGCUUCAACAGCAGAAAUGUGUCAAUGGAAAUGAACUCUAAAGAUCUGAUACCUAUGAAAGAGUAGUGGGCAAACGGUAGCCACAUUAUUGUAAAAUUCAAAUAUCAUUUAUACCACAUUGUUUUGUAGAUAAUUUGUAUCAAAAACCAAUGACUUUUCCUGAAAUCAAGCCUGGUAACAUCUAAAGUUUAUAUAAUAGUAAGGGCUUUUACCUUACUGAUUUUAUGGAGCUUUUGAAGUUUGUUUUAUAAUGAUAUAAAUUAGUAACGAUGUACAAAAAUGUAUUUGAUAUUAAAAGUUUAAUAUUGAUAAUGUUGCUGAUUAUACUAUUUCCUUAGCUUCAGCUAAGUCAUAGGCCAGACUCUGUUGAAAUGCAAAUGUCAAGUACAUUUGAAGAAAAUUGUUACAAUUCCAAAGUCAGAGGAAUUGUUCGCUUCAGAUUUUUAUGUCUUUCCAAUUAACAGUGGGUCUGAAUGUGUUUAGUGGUCCAAGUUUGGGGAAUGGGGUAUACGUGCCAUUCACAUAACCAUGUGAAAUUCUAUGGUAUCAUUUCCCAAAAACUUGACCACAGCAGCUUUUCUCCAUUUAACAGUUGUUAACAGCCUGCAAAACUACUCUUUUUUCAGGACAGUGGUUCCCAGACUUUUGGAUUCAUGGACCAGUAAUAUUUCCUAAAAUUUGGGGGACUGACAGGGUUGCCAAUUUAUUUUGCCAAGUAAUCUGAAAGAAAUCACUGUAUUAUCAUCACCUUUUUUUCAUAAAAGGACAAACUCAGAACAAGAAAUAGUCCUUUAAAUGGAAUAAAUGUAGCUUUUUGAAAAAAUACUAUAUUGUCCUUAUUUUUCUCAUUUCACCCCAGUGAAUUUGGGAACCACUGUUUUAUGGGACUCACUUAAGGGGGCUGCCCUAUGAAGUUGUUUUGCCCAAAUAUGAAAAGAGCAAAAUAGUAAAGUUUUUUUUAAACGCCUUCUUUAGAAAAAAAGGUUUUUAAUUCUUUUCCUAAUAAAUGUCAUUUAGUUGCUUUGA